CUUUGGCGAUACUUUCACGCGCGACGUCUGUCGUCAAAGCAGCGCACUUCUGUAAGUAUUCCCUUCAGUUCGGACCCGCGUUCUUGCUGCCAAUCGCUGGCCGCUUCCAGAAAAUAGCGGGCAAGUUUCUUCCUUCUUGUCUCUGCAGUAUUUCCCCACCCUUUUCUUCCCCUUUUUCCUUAAAGUCAUGCACUUUCCCAGUAUAUCAGAGCCUAGCGGUCUUGUUUUCUAAGUCUAGACCUUAUACUUACACGAGGCGGCCCGAAGUGACUUAAUAAACUUAACAGCAGCGCAGGGAUGUCGUCAUCCCUGCGCUAGCCUGUGAUAAUACUACUAUGUUCUUCGUUCUCGAGGUUUAAGAAAUUGACGGACGGAUCGGAGAUGACAGGGGACGGCUGAAUUGUGCUCAGUUGGCUCCGCUCCGGGAAGAACCUUCAAUUACAACUUCAAUUACAAAGAUCCUUCAGGAAGAAACUUCAAUUACAACUUGUUGUACUGGCUUUUGUGGAUGAUUCCAGAAGGAAACGAAGACGUGGCGCAAGAGCAACUCACAAAAGUAGAUGCACGCGAAUCAAGUCCAUCUUCAGGAAGAAACUUCAAUUACAACUUCGGUUUCCACCACCACCAGGACGAGCAGACGGAGCUGGAGUUUAACCUCUCUCGAGCAGGCCUACACGGUAUCUCUCUCGUUUGUUCCAGCAACAGCACUUGCUUCUUCUUCCCGGAGCUCUCCGAGAAUUUGAAUGGCGAGCAGCGCAGGAGGUGGGGGCGCGUCUCGCACGUGUCCCAUGCGACCUAGCGACCUGAAGUACCAUGGACUGAUUGGCCGUGGGAGCUACGGGAAAGUGCUUGUCUGCUCAAUCCGAGAUGAUAAGUCUAAGCUUUACGCCGUGAAAAUUCUUAACAAAGCGAACGUGGUGCAGCGCAAGCAGGUCGACCAUACACGAACCGAACGCAAUGUUCUCGAGGUCUUGUGUCAUCCGUUUUUAUGUUGCAUGGUUUUUCGUACUAGAGGUCGUAAUAAUUUAAAUAGUACCGCUAAGAUGUUAGACAGAGUAAGAAGAUAUUAAAGAAAUGAAUUUAACACGGAAAUUUUUAUCCGUCUAUUUUUAUUUUUUCUGACACGAGUUUAUAUUUCACUACAAGAACAGAUAUUUGGUAAGAUAGAAUCCCUGGUGCGGGCCAUCUAAUCAGCAUCGUGAAGAUCCAUCACGCAUUUCAAACUCGCAGUCGACUCUACGUCGUUUUGGAGUAUUGUCCCGGAGGCGAGCUGUUUUUUCACCUUACUAGAGCAGAAAGAUUUGGCCACACGCGUUGCAAAUUCUACAGCUGCGAAAUUUAUGGCUCAGCUUUCAAUGGUCAUUGGGGUUGGUCACUGAGAUCCCUCUUGAGAGAACAGGGGAAAAUGAAGGAAAAGCAAAGGGAGAGGCAUGGGGCCCAUUUCUUUCAGAGUCAGUGACCAUUGAAUGCUGAGCUUUAAGAAAUCCUUCUUGCCAUUCACUACCUCCAUUCGUUGAACAUCAUCUACCGCGAUUUGAAGCCGGAAAACGUGCUGCUGGAUCGAGAGGGACAUGUGCGCGUAACGGAUUUUUAUGAUGUGCUGGAUAUACAUUUUUGCUUUUCUAGAAGAAAGCCGAAAGCUUCUCAACCUCAUCACCAAGCUCGUUAAGUCGAUGCCUUACGGUGUCUUUGGAUUUAAAUAAGUUAUUCACGACCUCCGCUUUGCUCACGACUCAACAUCUUGCCAUCUUGUUCUAACAUCGCGGUCUGUCAAAAGAGGGCGUUCUCGAAGGAAGUCUUGCACACAGCAUGUGCGGGACGCCUGAGUAUCUUGCCCCUGAGAUCCUUGCAAAAAAGGGGCACGGCAAGGCUGUGGAUUGGUACUCUCUGGGAGCGCUCAUGUACGAAAUGCUCACCGGCUUGCCUCCGUACUAAUAUGGCAAACAAGUAGAAGAUGAAUUUGAUUGAAGAUCGAUCAUGAAGAGUAAUGAAUCAAUUACUCCUACUACUACUUGAACCAGCACAAGCAUAACAGAGACAGAGCAAUAGAUACUCGUGUGUCUCUGACCUUCGCUAACUCCUGAGAUUUCUACUACAAAUGCAUUUCUUGCUGCUGCUCACCCCGUAUCUUCCACAGACAUCAAGUAUUACAACUCACUGCUUGUUUAGUUCCUUUCAUCCCUCUUCUACAGCUCUAACUCCUCUCUCGAGAACGCAAGGUCUUGUUCGAACAAAUCAGAAGUGCUGAGUUGCGUAUGCCAAAUGACCUGUCAGCGGAAGCUAGAGAUCUCUUAGCACGACUACUGGAACGGGAUCCACAAAAACGUCUAGGUAGCGAACGGAAUGAUGGGAUGGCGAUCAUGUCCCACAAGUUUUUCCAGGGCGUCGAUUGGAGAGCUGUGUUGCAGAUUAAGGAAGAUGAGAACCUUAGACGAGUGAUGAAGCUGCCUGAAAAAAAAACAAACUCAAGGUUAACAGGAGAGUCCUCAACAACUCAAGACCAUCAUUCUUCUGGUUUCAGUACAACUACUCAGCUUUCUUGACUCACAAUUUCUAAUCUACUGC